GAACCAGCUAGCACGCUUUAUGAAAGUUUGACAGGGGGCAAGUCUGUAACAUCAGGCUACGGUAUACCGAAGCCUGAACAAAAAUCAGAUUAAUUUAGAACCUAAUUAGCCCUUUAAAUGUGAAACUUCUUUGGAAUCUUAAACUUCUCAGCUGUUGUAAGAGAGUUAACGAUACAGUUAAACUACUGCUACUAACUACUACUAUCAUUUGUGAAGACAUCGCUGCCUUGCUCGCCAAGUAACCACUCAAACUGUCAGUUUUUUCCUAAACACAAGCAGAAAAGAAGAGGUUCCGACUUCAACAAAGGAGAUUUCCAAUUUGCAACCGAGCUAAAGCUAGUUAGUACAUUUAUUUUAGAAAGAUAAGUUAUUAUCGUUGCUAACGUCGGCUGUUCUACUUGCUGUACGUUUUGAAGAAAAACACCAUGUUCAGCUGGGCCAACAAAGAGGGGAAGAAAAAAGACCCUGAAUUAUUUCAGACGGUUUCGGACGGGCUACGACGACUGUACCGGACCAAACUCUUCCCCUUGGAAGAUGCCUACCGCUUCCAUGAUUUUCACUCACCGGCGUUGGAGGACGCUGACUUCGACAACAAGCCAAUGGUCCUUUUAGUCGGCCAGUACUCGACUGGGAAAACCACCUUUAUUCGGCAUCUAAUGGAGCAGGACUUCCCCGGUAUGCGAAUCGGUCCCGAGCCGACCACCGACUCUUUCAUAGCGGUUAUGCAUGGCGACCAGGAGGGUCUGGUACCGGGCAACGCUCUGGUGGUUGACCCCAAGAAGCCAUUCCGAAAGCUGAACGCUUUCGGCAACGCAUUCCUUAACAGGUUUGUGUGCGCCCAGAUGCCCAACCCAGUCUUGGAAAGCAUCAGCAUCAUUGACACUCCAGGAAUCCUGUCAGGAGAGAAGCAGAGAAUCAGCAGAGGCUAUGACUUCGCCGCCAUUCUCGAGUGGUUUGCGGAGCGGGUCGACCGCAUCAUCCUGCUCUUCGACGCCCACAAGCUGGACAUCUCGGACGAGUUCUCCGAGGUGAUCCGGGCCCUGAAGAACCACGAGGACAAGAUGCGCGUGGUGCUGAACAAGGCGGACCAGAUCGGCACCCAGCAGCUGAUGAGGGUGUACGGUGCCCUCAUGUGGUCGCUAGGCAAGAUCAUCAACACCCCCGAGGUAGUGCGCGUCUACAUCGGCUCCUUCUGGGCCCAGCCGCUGCUGGUGCCGGACAAUCGCAAGCUGUUCGAGGCAGAGGAGCAGGACCUUUUCAGGGACAUACAGAGCCUCCCCCGAAACGCGGCCCUGCGCAAGCUCAACGACCUCAUAAAGCGCGCCCGCCUUGCCAAGGUCCAGGCUUAUAUCAUCAGCUCCUUGAAGAAGGAAAUGCCCAACAUGUUUGGGAAGGAGACCAAAAAGAAGGAGCUCAUUGCAAACUUGGGUGAGAUCUACCUGAAGAUUGAGAAAGAGCACCAGAUAUCACCCGGAGACUUCCCCAAACUCGCCAAGAUGCAGGAGAUUCUGGCAGGUCAAGACUUCAGCAAGUUCCAGUCCGUGAAACCCAAGCUGCUGGAAGCUGUGGAGGACAUGCUAGCCAACGACAUCGCCAAGCUGAUGACCCUGGUGCGGCAGGAGGAGGCGGCAAUGCCCAGCAGCGCGGUUCAGGGAGGCGCCUUCGAAGGCAGCAUGAAUGGACCCUUUGGCCACGGCUACGGGGAAGGUGCCAGCGAGGGCAUCGACGAGCUGGAGUGGAUAGUGGGACGCGACAAGCCCUCCUACGACGAGAUCUUCUACACCCUCUCGCCCGUCAACGGCAAAGUGUCGGGCGCCAUGGCCAAAAAGGAGAUGGUGAAGUCCAAGCUGCCCAACACCGUGCUGGGAAAGAUCUGGAAGCUGGCAGAUGUGGACAAGGACGGCUUCCUGGAUGACGAGGAGUUCGCCCUGGCCAACCACCUGAUCAAGGUGAAGCUGCAGGGCCAUGAGCUGCCCGCCGAGCUGCCAGACCACCUGAUACCCCCAUCAAAAAGGGGCCGGGAGUGAGGUGGAUGGGCAAGGUGCCAGCAGGAGAUCUGGGGUUAAGAGGUGGAGAGAGGUUUAGGUUUUUUUCUGGUAAAUAAUAAUGUGAGGUAAGGUAUAAGAGGGUGGUGCUGUCGAGCAUAAACAAGCAAUAUGUAAAAGUAAACACAAGUAGAUGCCAAAAAAUAAGUAAAGUCGUUAAAAAAAUAAAAGGAAAAUAAACUGUCUAAUUUAUUCCUCACUAGAAUUAUUAGUCUGCUUUUAUUUUAAAUUGACCUUGUAUUUGUAUCCAAUGUGCUUUAUGACUCCUGAACACCAUUUCAUGUGUCAUUGUGAGAAUUUCAAUUCAAGGUUUCUUAUCCACACAGCAUCUCUGCUGCUGGACAGUCUCUUGUCCUUUGGUUCCGAAUGGUUUGGUUUUUUUGUUGCAGUAAGAGACUUCCAAUGGGACUCUAAGAACUCUAGUGUAGUAAUGACUUUAUUGAAUUCCAAUUCUUGAGUCUCUCCCAGCCUGUCUCUGUGCUUUUGCAGUACAAAUCUUACCUCGGUGCACUGGGGGGUGAUUGAUGACAUUUUUAUUACAGUAGUUUUGGUCCUUGAUGUGUUUA